CACAGAAAGCACACAUAAUGGCAAUGUUGGUCGAUAUAGUGAAUUUCUUGGGUAAAUCCCCGCCAGAUCCUGUGCGUCUGCCACUCCUCAGCAGCCAUAAGCCAGUACUGAUGAUUUUGGCCACCUACUUGGUCUUCGUUAAGUUAGUGGGUCCCAAGCUAAUGGAGAAUCGAAAGCCUUUCGACUUAAGAGGUGUUAUAAAGGUCUAUAACAUCAUGCAGAUCCUGUACAAUGUUGCGAUGUUUGUUUUUGCCACCCACUUUAUGCUUGGACCCGGAGCUUUCAACUUUAGAUGCAUCAAAAACCUACCACCGGAUCACUCUUACAAGACCUGGGAAAGAUGGCUAACCUACUCGUAUUUCUUCAACAAGCUCUUGGAUCUUUUAGAGACUGUUUUCUUUGUCCUGCGAAAAAAGGAUAGGCAGAUAUCCUUCCUGCACGUCUUCCACCACAUGUACAUGCUGUACUUCAGCUUCAUGUAUCUGUACUAUUAUGGAUAUGGUGGCCAUGGGUUCCUCAUGUGCUUCUUCAAUGUGAUCGUGCACAUCAUGAUGUAUACGUAUUACUAUCAAUCAUCUCUCAAUAAGGACGUGAAGGGCGAUCUCUGGUGGAAGAAGUACAUCACUGUCGUUCAGUUGAUUCAGUUUGGAAUUAUUUUGGGGCACAGUAUAUAUACCCUACAACAACCGGACUGUCCAUCGGCUCGGUUCUCGGCAAUUUGUGCUGGAGGCAUAUCCAUUGUGUUCAUUAUUUUAUUUAGCAACUUUUACUAUCAUGCCUAUAUCAAAUCACAGAAGCCUGUGAAGAAGGUUGAUUGAGUAAAAUUAAGUCAGCAAACUGAUUUUGUUUAACAUUUAAACCUCUCUAUUAACAUUAAAUGAUUAUGAAAUAAGUUUUUAAUAAAGAAAAUAGGGAUUUAUAUUGUA